GGUGAAAGGGUCAAGGGUCGAGGCAAGGGGGCUGGAAGCAGAGUGGACUGAGCAGCCAGUGGGGGAGAGCAGUUAAGGCACCAGCCACUCCACGCAGACCCCCAGCUCCCUCCUGCCUGAAGAUGUUCCACCAAAUUUGGGCAGCUCUACUCUACCUCUAUGGCAUUCUCCUUAACUCCAUCUACCAGUGCCCUGAGCACAGUCAACUGACAACUGAAGGAGCAGAUGGGAAAGAGUUCCCAGAGCCCCACCUGGGCCGGUGGUACUUUAUCGCAGGGGCAGCUCCCACCAAGGAGGAGUUGGCGACUUUUGACCCUGUGGACAACAUUGUCUUCAACAUGGCCGUGGGCUCUGCCCCCAUGCAGCUCCAGCUUCGAGCUACCAUCCGCAUGAAAAAUGGGCUCUGUGCGCCCCGGAAAUGGAUCUACCACCUGUCUGAGGGGAGCACAGAUCUCAGAACCGAAGGCCGCCCUGACAUGAAGACCAAGCUCUUCUCCAGCGCAUGCCCAGGCGGAAUCAUGCUGAAAGAGACAGGCCAGGGUUACCAGCGCUUCCUCCUCUACAAUCGCUCACCACACCCUCCCAAGAAGUGUGUGGAGGAAUUCCAGUCCCUGACCUCCUGCCUCGACUUUAAGGCCUUCUUACUGACUCCCAGGAAUCAAGAGACCUGUGAGCUGUCCAGUAACUGACCUGUGGCUUCAUCUGUGCCCCCCAGAUGGAUACAGUGGGAACUGAGAUUGUGGUGGGGGGAGAAGCUGGAGACUCUUAACUCCCUUUCAAGAAUAAUAAAGAUGAUUUUUCAAUCCUCA